CAGGGCAUGGGAACUUUUAAUCCUGCGGACUAUACCUCUGAGGCAAGGACAGGGAGCACCCAAACGGAUGGCUGGGACACAGUGGCCAAUAGCAAUACUGAUGGGACAGUUGCCUGGAAGAAUACCCUGGAAGACUGGGCAGCUGAGGACUGGAAUGAGGAUGUUGGUCUCUCUGACACUAAAGUAUUUACCUCCUCUUGUGCACCUUCGACUAAAGAUUACGUCACACCUGGGCAAAGUCUGGACCUCACCUCUAUAAUGAAGAUUGCGGUUGACGGAAGAGAACCACCUUCCUCGUCCCAGAGUUUGGUGUUUACCAACUCUCAGCAUCACCAGCCGACUCCGAGCUGCAACACCACCACCAACACCAGCUACGCACAUGCUGCUCUGUCAUCAGUUCUGGGAGCAGGAUUUGGGAAACUGACUCAGGCCAAAACAAUUCAGCCCAGCCCUGGAGCUCAUUUACUGGAGCAGCUAAAGGCUCCUGGACUGGGUCCUCUAUCCUCAGCCCAGGCCACUUCCCCUGCUGUCACCCAGAGAAACAACAUUUCCAUGGGCCGACUGCUGGGCCAGGAAGGAUCUGCACCGGCACCUUCAUCCUCGAGCUGGGACAUGAAGGAUUCAGAGCCCAACCCAACCUCAUUGUCCUCACAGUUCAGCCGUGAAUUUGGCCUGCAACCUGAGCCAUCUGUAGUGCUGAGCCAGCUAAGGCACAACGGCACCUCCUUGCCUCUUGCUCGUCAGCCUAGUCCGCCGCUGCAUCCCCAAGCAACCUCUGCUUCAGCUUCGCCUGCUCCCCAGCUCAUGACUGUUGUUGGUGUCAAAACCAAUGCUCCCAAUACAGGGCUGGACCCUCAAAAUGGUCAGGGCACGCCACAGCAGCUGCAGCAGCGGGCACAGCUCAAAAGCCAGAAACGAAGGAUACCUCCUACAUCAAAGAUUCCAUCCACGGCAGUUGAGAUGCCUGGCUCAGCUGAUGUACCUGGUCUAAACCUCCAAUUUGGAGCGUUAGACUUUGGAUCAGAGUCGGCCCUGCCAGAGUUUGGUGUUGUGGACAAUUGUGUGAGUGCAGCGUCAAGGGAGUCCACUCCGACCCCUGCCUCAGCACCUUCUGCACCAGUACCAGGAAUACAGUGCCCCACAAGCCUGUACUCAAAACCAGUCAGUGAGUCUCAUGGCAGUCCUCCGACCGUUUCCCUUCCUCCGCCCCUGUCCUCAUCUGAGCCAGCUUAUCAUCUGUCCUCAGCACCAUUGUCAAGUUUUACCUCCUCCUCCUUAGGAGCUACCAAUGCCAAUAGUGCACCCUUGUCUUCUUUGCCGACCUCCACCACCAGCUCCUCUUCCUUCUCCUCUUCUUCCUCCAUACCGUCCCCCUUCUCCACGGUGGGUGGGACUUACGACGGGACCAUGUACACUCACACGCGCCUGACUUUUUCCCAAGGCAAAGAGGUCACAGGGCCGGUCAUGAAUGGUUUGAAUGGUGUAAGGACCUGUGCUUCAUUAGACACUUCUUUAGUGUCAUCUUCAUCAAAACCUGAGGCACCGUCGCUAAACAUCAGCACCAAUUGCAUUCCUACACCCUCUGCCCACGUUCCCCCCACCCUUCCUGCACACAGUUCCACCUCUCUGUCUAGUCUGGUACAAGACCUCCCCUCAGCCAGUCAGCUUAUUUCACUAAACAGUCAUGUCAGCAGUCUCUCCUCAGUUUCAGCUCUGUGCUCCAGCUCUGCUUCUCACACCAGUGGAGAUGCAAUUUCCCUAGUGCCCUCCUGUGGCUCAUACACAUCCUCGCAGCCCUCGGCUUCAGCGCUCCACCUGGCUCACAACAGCAGCAACAGUAGCAGCAGCAACAGCGGCAUCAGCCACAUGAGCAACAUGCCCAACAUGUCCAACAUGGGCAGCAAUAUGAGCAGUGCAGUGGGUGGAAUGACUGGACCUCACUCUGUUACCACCACUGCCAGCAGCACAGUGAUGGGCCUUGGCUCCAAUGGAGCUCUGGUCACGUCCAAUCUCUCUGCACAGAGGGCCACAGCUCUGCUCUCCUCCUCCACUGGUAAAGCCCCCCCUAACCUGUCCCAGGGAGUCCCCCCAUUAGUGCCCAACCAGUACAUCAUGGGCCCAGGUGGGCUUCUGCCAGCAUACCCACAUAUUUAUGGCUAUGAGGAUCUUCAUGUGCUGCAGUCCAGACUUCCAAUGCCCUCUUUGCAGGAUUAUUAUGGAAUCACAUUCCCUGGCCCCACAGUGACUCUGUCUGGAAGAGAUGGGAACCUUGCCAACAAUCCCUACUCAGGUGAAGUCACAAAGUUUGGCAGAAACGACUCCACCUCUCCAGCUCCGCCAACCAGCCUAGCUGGCCCUCAGCCUUCUCAGGCACCGAGCCAAGGUCAGAACCAGAACCAGCCUCAAGCCCAGCCUCAACCACCGGGUCAGCCGCAGCAUCACAACAGCCAGCAGGCUUUUCUGCCUGCUGGCUACAGCUACACAGGCCUGCCAUAUUACCCUGGAGUGGCAGGCGCUGUGCCCAGUGCUGCUGCCUUCCAGUACGGUCCAACGAUGUUUGUUCCUCCUGGAGGCCCAGGCCCGGCUUCAGCCAAGCAGCACAGCAUGAGUCUGGGUCUGGGGAACCCUUCAGCAGGUCCUUUUCAGCAGCAAACCCAGCAGCAGCCAAGUAGUUACAGCCAGCACACCUUCAGCUCAGGGUAUGAGGAUCUGACAGCGGGACCGGCUGGAGUGGACUACAGUAAAGGAUACAACUCAUCUUUACAGGCACAAGCCAAACCUACUGCUGCUGGGCCAGGGAAAGGAGUUUCAGUGACCUCCAGUAACUCAGGAGUGCCUGACAUCAGUGGAAGUGUUUACAACAAGACGCAGUCUUUUGAUAAGCAGGGUUUCCAUGCAGGAACUCCUCCACCCUUCAGCCUGCCUACAGCCCUGGGUGGCCCCGGCCCUCUGAACCCAGGAGCUGCUCCUGGAGGAUUUGCCACGGCUCCGUUCCUCCACAUCCUGCCUCACCAGCAACCUCACUCACAACUGCUGCACCAUCAUCUCGCUCAUGAUGGCCAGGGUGUUCAGAGCCAGCGUGGUCAGUCGGGCAGCCUUCAGCAGAAGACCCAAGUGAACAAGUCCACUUAUGGCAGUUCGCCCUACUGGGCCAGUUAAGCUGUGACCUUCGUUUAUGUGUGUUUGUGUGUGUAUCCGUUGGACGACGGAGAGGCAACAAAGGUUUUACAACACAAGCUAAAACACACACUACCACCCUACCCCUCCACUCCCCUCUCCUCUGUAUAUUCCACUUUUCAAAUUUAUGGCUGUUGUAUGUAAAGUGUAUUUAUGUAUGUAUUUAUACAGUAUAUAUGUAUUGGUAGUACAUAAAAUGUGGUUUUUCUGACAUUUUGUUUUAUUUUGAAGGACAUUUUCUUUCAAAUAAGGGGAAUGCUUAGAUGAAGUUGAUAAAUAUACUUGAACAUAAGCAUCAUGUGAUGUGGAUUUGUUUUUUGUAUGCAUACAAUUACUGAGAAUGGUGUACGUAGAUUUGACACAUCAUUUUCACGUGGAAAAGGCCUUUUUUAUUUUAGAAGAAUAACGUUUUUGUAAGUUUUGGUCUCCUAAAAGUCCUUGGAUUUGAUGUCAUUUUAACAUUGUUUAAUCCUUGUUGUCCAAAUUAAAACUUCUGAACUGUU